AUGGUCUUCCGCUUCGUGAGCCCCCCUUCCCCCUUCCCCGCUCCCCACCACGCAACCCCCAAACAAACCAACCAACUAACCCUUCCCUUCCAUCAGCCCAAAUCCCUCGACCCAAUAACCCUCUUCCACACCCCCUCCUCCGCCCAAAGCAGCAAAGCCUACAACAUCCUGAAAUCCGCCUCCGCCGCCGCCUCAAACGGCGCGACCCCGAUCGGGCGCGGCGAGUUCACGCUCGAGGUCACCACCGCCCCACCGACAACAGACCAGCUGCGCAAUAUCCUCGAGUACGUUACGGGGGAUCCCAGUGGCGGGGGGAAAGAGGGGGGUGCUAGGUACGCGGUCAGCGAGAUCAUUCAGGGGGCGAAGGAUGCGGAGGAUGCGGUGAAGCGGUUCAAGGAGGAUAGCGGGCGGUUUGUGAGGCCUGUGACGGUGGAUUGGACGAAUGGGCAGGCGGUUGUUGGGGAUAGUGAGAGUCUGAUUUUGAAGAUGGUCAGGCAGGCGGAGGGGAAUUAG